AGCUUUACGUCCAUCAAAACGGAUAAUCGCAGACAGUCGGAGUGAUGGGAACAGGUUAUAAAGAGCUGGAGGCUUGUACGCUCAAAUAUUGUUGGUUGCAUGUUGUAACCGGAACUAAAACACAAGCUGGUGAGGAUUUUUGUCGUCCUGCAUUUGAAGGUCUCAGCUCAGCCUGGGUGCCCAGGGAUCCACUGCCUGAGUGUGGGGAGUGCAGCGGCCAAGACAGAGACAUGAACCACACCAAAGGUGGCCUGGUCAUUUUCACUGCCAACUCACACCCCUCCAGCCGUGAGCUGGGCAAGAGGAUUGCAGAGCGGUUAGGGGUGGAGCUUGGUAAGGUGCAGGUAUACCAGGAAGCUAACAGAGAAACACGGGUACAGAUCCAGGAGUCGGUGCGAGGCAAAGAUGUCUUUGUGAUCCAGACGGUGUCAAAGGAUGUGAACACCACCAUAAUGGAGUUGUUGAUCAUGGUGUACGCGUGCAGGACAUCCUGUGCCAGAAGCAUUACAGGCGUCCUCCCCUACUUCCCCUACAGCAAGCAGUGUAAGAUGAGGAAGAGGGGCUCAAUCGUCUCCAAGCUGAUUGCCUCUAUGAUGUGUAAAGCUGGUCUCACCCACCUGAUUACCAUGGACCUCCACCAGAAAGAGAUUCAAGGCUUCUUCAACAUCCCAGUGGACAAUCUGAGAGCAUCACCCUUCCUGCUGCAGUACAUACAGGAAGAGAUCCCUGACUAUAGAAAUGCUGUGAUUGUGGCCAAAUCCCCAGCUUCUGCCAAAAGGGCUCAGUCAUUCGCUGAAAGGCUGCGUCUGGGUCUAGCAGUGAUCCAUGGUGAAGCUCAGGAUGCAGAGUCAGACCAGGUAGAUGGGCGACACUCCCCACCAACUGUCAAGACCACUGGAGCCAUUCAUCCCAGCAUGGAGAUACCAUUGUUGAUCCCCAAAGAAAAGCCUCCCAUCACUGUUGUUGGAGAUGUAGGAGGACGCAUCGCCAUCAUAGUGGAUGACAUCAUUGAUGAUGUUGACAGUUUUGUGGCAGCAGCAGAGAACCUGAAGGAAAGAGGGGCCUACAAGAUCUUUGUCAUGGCAACACAUGGCCUCCUCUCCUCCGAGGCCCCCAGGUUCAUAGAGGAGUCUGCUAUUGAUGAGGUGGUGGUGACCAACACAAUUCCCCACGAGCUGCAGAAGCUCCAGUGUCCUAAGAUCAAAACAGUUGACAUCAGCAUGAUCCUGUCAGAGGCCAUCCGCCGCAUCCACAACGGAGAGUCCAUGUCCUACCUGUUCCGCAACAUAGGAGUGGACGACUGAACUCACACUCACACCAUUUGCCUUCUUAGACCAGAAACACAGAUAAAUGGAAAAUCAUACACACAAAUAUCCAUGUCCUACUCCUGUUGUAACAUAGAAAUAAAUGUAAAUGCUAAUCCUUUGUCAAGCAUAUCCUAACAUAGAAGAAGGUCGUUAGUCGAGUGAACACUUCCAUAGAGCCGUCUUGUUCCAUGGCUGUGAUUGAACGUACACUGAUGUGACUGACUCUGUCCAAUGGCUCUUAUCAGUACACACCUUAGGUUUUUUGCCUUCAUUUCUUUGAAUACCUUCCUUAGUUACAUUUCCAUACACUCCCAUAUGUUUAUAUAGAAAUCAUUGUUGAUAUUAAAUCUGUGUGUUACAA